AUGUGUCAUGUUUGGUUUGGUUGCUCUAAUAUUACUUCUAACUCACCCGCUGGAAAAGCACCAACUCAGUUUUCCAAGAGAUCAUUGAAGAUAUCUGAGGAAGAGUUCGGCCUCCAUGCUGGUGGACCAAUCACAUUACCAUUUGAUUCGGUUUUCUUGGAGUAUCUCAUCGAACUUAUCAAAAGACAAAUGGAUGGAGAUACAGAGAAGGCUUUUUAA